GAGUCCAGCCCAGCUGUUCUUCCCAGCUUGGAUGGGGCGGGGGCGGGCCUGCGUCCUGGGCAGCCGCGUGCCCUCCUCCUCCCUCCGUCUCGGCCUGAUCACAAGCUCAAGUUUAUAUUGGAAGUGAGCGGAGGGAGGAGGAGGAGGAGGCGGAGGAGGGGUCUGGGGCGAGAAGGCGACCGAGAUUUGCUCCUCGCCCUCUCCGUCGUCUUCCCAGGAUGCCCACCGGACCGUCGGAGGGGCCGGAGUCGGGGUCGGCCGCGGGUGUCCAGCGCCGAGCUGCUGCCUCUAGCUAAGUUUUGCCGCGGCGCGAAGCCAGAGAAGUUUGCAAGUUGCGCGGCCCGCGGGCUCGGCUCUCUGGUCCUUGGCAAAGGCCGCUCCGGUGCCCCGCGAGGCUGGCUGGCCGCCGCCGCCGCCUGGGAGGGAGCCUGGGCCGGGCAAGCGGGCGGCAGCGGCAGGCGCAGCCAUGGACGGCGUCUCCGGCCUGGGCUCGCCGGCGCUGGAGAAGAACGUGGCCGAGCUGACCGUGAUGGACGUGUACGACAUCGCCUCGGCGGUGGGCCAGGAGUUCGAGCGGCUCAUCGACCAGCACGGCUGCGAGGCCAUCGGGCGCCUGAUGCCCAAAGUGGUGCGCGUGCUGGAGAUCCUGGAGCUGCUGGUCAGCCGCAACCACCUCAACCCCGAGAUGGAGGAGCUGCGCCUGGAGCUCGACCGCCUCCGCCUCGAGAGGGUGGAUCGCAUCGAGAAGGAGAGGAAGCACCAGAAGGUCGGCCGUGGCGGGGAUCGGGGCUUCUCUGGGGGGUGGGGGUGGGCUCGGUGUCAGGGCAAGGCAGCCCUUCUUUCCCGUGCGCGGUCCUCGAGGCAGGGACCCGGCUGCUUACGAAACUCUGGCCGGCUGCGCGGCGCGCUGGUGCCGCCGCAGGACUUCGCGGCAUCCGCCUCGGGUGCCCGGGCUCGCUUUUGUUUUCUGCUCUUUACUCAGAAUUUAAGUCCUGCUGGGAUCGGUGGGGUUUACUCGCGGGAAAAGGAUGUCUUAGGAUUGAGGAUCCUCUACACGGAAGUGGGUGGAAUCCGUGCAGAGCAUUUGCUGACCCCAAAGGAAAAGCGGGAAAGUCGCCAAGCCCCGAGGAAGCCUUUGAGCCCCUCCCUUCCCUGUAACUCUUUCCAAGGAUGGGGUUUACUCCUAAAGAGGGGUGGAUGAAAUGUGGCCCCUCGGGCCUCUCUGUCAGGCCCCCAGAACUCUCUCUAAACCACACACUCUCUCCCCCCAGGACCCUAUUUUGCCCUCAAAAUAUUUUGCCUAGCUGGAAAGUGUCCUUUAACGCUGACAAUGGCUUUUGCUUACCGGGAUGGUGGACAGAGAAGAGUGUGUGUAGAAAUUAGCUUUCAGUGCUUAUACAAAGGCAACAUAUGUGGCCCUCAAAAAGGUUGUCCAGAAGCAAAUAUGGACCUCAGGCUGAAAAAAGGUCUCCCUCUCCCGCUGUAGAAUAAUAUGUCUGACAUCAGGCGAGUCUCUGAACAUGGGCAGAAUGCCAUUCAGUCGCCAUUGACUAGCCACCCUGUUCAUACAGUUGAACAUCAUUCAACUGAAAGGUGGGAUAUAAAUCUUUAAAACAACCAACCAAACAUAUCUGGAUACAAUUCAGGUUAAAAGCUUCCAGAUAAACUUCUGCCUCAGAACCACUUAGCACUUGAUUCAUCAAUAAAUAUUGCCUGGGUGGCUUACAAACAAAAAUAUGAAACACACAAGUAUUAUUUAAAAUCAGCAAUGAACAAUAAAAAUAUAUUGGAAAUCCCUAUUUGCAUAGAGGCAGCAUAAAACAAUUUGCAGCCCAGAUUUAAAAUAAAAAAGGAUUCACUUUACCCAAAUUGACUAGCCUGAGCCUAUGCAUGGUUACUCUAAGUACCCAAUGAGAUUAACUCUUGAAAUUAAGUGGGGAUAUAGUUGCAGUCUUAGAAAUUAAGGUGCUCCUGGCACUCAUUGAGGCAGAAUUCCUAUCCCAUUUGAUUCUAACCAGAAAAGAGGUUAUUUGGUGAUGAAACAGAUUCUUACUAUUUUUAUUAAUUACAUUUAUAUCCCACCUUUCUCUCAAGGAACUCUUGGCACAUAUAUGUGUCUCCUUAUUUUAUUCUCACAGUGACCUUGUUAGGAAGGACAGACUGAAAAAUAGUGAUGGGCUGAAGGUGAGCCUCAUGGCUGAGUGGAGAUUUAAACUUGGGUCUCCCCAGGCUUAGUUUAGCAUUCUAAGCAUCCAUCAGCCUAGCUCUGUACUCUGCACUUGGCAAGAGGCACUCAAGUUGUUUUUCUUAUGAGUCCUACUUUUUACUCUAGAGUUGCUCUGCAGUAAAUCUAGAGUUGAUCCCUGGCUUCAAAUACAAGUUCUGGGGCUUUGAGGUUCUGCAAGCUGUGCUUGGACUAUGUUAGAGCCCUAGGAAGAAGGAAAAAGAGAUGGAAGAGAUAAGAAAGGAUAUGGGAUGGGAACUAGAGAUAUUAAUUUAUCCACUGUACCCAUUCAGUUCUCCUAGAAUUAUGCUCUGAGCUGACAUCAGCCUCCAAUUUGGUUGUGCAUUAAAGUGGUAAACGAGAGGCUAAAAUAGAGUCACCAGCCACUAAAAAGAUCACAGGCCUUUGACUCACUUCUCCCUCUCUCUGCCCAGAAUAAAUUGUGCAACAAUAGCUGGGCUGUCAACUUUGGUGGAUAGAGGUAACUGUUGCAGAGAGGCACUGCGUAAUUGUAAUUCUCUGGAAUUCAUUGAUUCCAAAUAUUGGGGUGUAUAGCUUUGGGUAACAACUGCAGCCCCAAGAUAAUCUCAGAGCUGCCACUCUUCCAGGGAAAUUUCUCAUCCAGGUCACUUUCCAUUCAAUGAAAGAUCAAAGAAUGAGAGGAUGGGGAACCCUAAGUCUUCUGGGUAAUUAUUUCAAGCCAGCCCUGGAGAAUUUAUGGCCCUCCAGAUGUUUUGGGGACUACAGCACCAAACACUGCUGAUUAUUGGCUGUGCUGGAUGAUGGGAGGUAGAGACCAAGAGCAUCUGGAAGGGGCACGGGUUCCCCACAUCUGUUUUAAGCAAAACUUUGUCUGUAGUUAGCAUGUGCUGUGUCUAUGGCCAUAUUGCAUUGGGACAAUUACACCAGGUCGUCCUUUAUCCUCACAACAGACAUGUAAGGUAGGUUAGGCUGAGAGUUGGUGCCUGGCCCAAGGCAGGGAGUGAGUGAAAAUAUCAGUGAGUUAUGUGAGUGUUAAAUGUAAAACUACACAUGCUCAGUUAUUUUUGUUUAUCAAGGUCGGCAAAAUGUGUUUGCGUUUUGCUGAGAGUUUUGAAACUGCACAUGAUCAGAAUAUUUCUUCAUAGCCCAGCAAAGCUUAUGCCAUGAUCCAUUUGGAAGUCUUUAAGAACCCACAUGACUUAAUUUUAUGGUACCUUAUUUAAUGCAUUUGGUGUGGUGGGUGUCCUAUUUUGGGAACUGCACCAGGCACCCCUCCCUCCUUAAUCCAGCCUCUCAGAUCCUCCCUUGUGUGUUGCUUUCAAUCUCAGAAUGGAGAGGGGGGAGGAGGAAGGAGAGAAAGAUGGCUCUCCCCAAUCCACUGCCUGCUGGUGUCUUUUCUCAUGGGCUUUGUUUGCUACUGGCACUGCAAAAAGUGCUUUAAAAUUCCUUCCUGCUCAGCAGGUUUUAAAGCAAUAACGGAAGAGGGGGUGGGAAGGGAAGGGAGCAUGGCUAGAGCAGCAAUAACUAAGACCUCCUCCUGCGAUAAAAGCACUUUGGACUACAACUUCCAUCAUUCCUGACUGCUAGUCAUACUGACUGGGGCUGAUGGGAGCUGUAGUCCAAAACAUCUAGAGGGCACUAGGUCAGGGGAGGCUGAUCUGGAAGGACACAGCUUCCACCAGUUUAGUGAGCUAGAUGGACCAGCAAUCUGAUCUGGCAUAAGGCAUCUAAGGUCCUAUUGUGUUCCUUAAACUUUCAUAUUUAUUUAUUGCGUUUAUGUCUUAUCUUUAUUCUGUCAUGGAACUAAAGGCAAUGUACAUCAGAGCUUGGAGGUGGUGUCUUCAGCCAGAUCUGUUGAGCCUCAGGAAAAUUUGCUGACUCACGUGCCUCCAAGAUCCUCCAUAUGAAAAUAGGAAUGUAGGAAGCGGCCUUAUACCAUUGGUCCAUCAACCCUAGUAUUGUCUACACCAAAGUGGAGAACCUGUGACCCUCCAGAGGAUCUUGGUCUAUAGCUUCCAACAUUCCUCACUUUCAGCCCUGAAAACUGAGGCUGAUGGGAGUUGUAAUCCAAUAAUAUGGGGGUGGGGGUGGCUACACUGUCUGGAAGCAUUUCUCCAGAGUUUUAGACAGGCAGUCUUUGCCAGUCCUACCUGGACAUGCAGGGCUUUGAACCUGGAACCUUCUGCAUGGAAAGAUGCUAUAGCUAGCAAGAUCUGGCCCUUCCAUUGAACGGGAGACAUUUGACCGUCCGGGACCUGAAAGUGAUGGUAUGCAAUCUCACCCUCUAGGAGCUGGAGCUGGUGGAAGAUGUUUGGAGAGGGGAAGCUCAAGAUCUCCUCACCCAAAUCGCCCAGCUUCAGGAAGAGAAUAAGCAGCUGAUGACCAACCUCUCCCACAAGGACGUCAACUUUUCGGAAGAAGAGUUCCAGAAGCAUGAAGGCAAGUGGGGUAGCCAGAGAUUCUUGCUGACAGCAUUGGGUUCAUUUGACGUGAAACUCAGUAAGAAACUGUUGGGGAAAGUAUAGGAGAUGGCAGCAGUCAGGCAAAAAGUACUGACAUAAGUCUGUAUGGAGCACGUGACUUCGGUUGUAUGACAAGUUCACUGGCUUCCUUUUGGUUUCCUGGACCGGUUCAAAUGCCUGGUUUUGACUUUCACCACCUUUAAACCAGAAUGGGGGACCUGUGUCACUCCACAUGGUACUGGACUGCAACUCCCAUUAGCCCCGACCAUUGGCUAUUCUGGCUGGGGCUUAUGGGCACCACAACUGAAAAGGCCCUUCUUUUUUGCUCACCUGCUGAACCUCAGCUGGCAGAGGAUACUGUGCAGAACCUCAGGUGCACAGGAGCGAAGUACAUGGGAAAAUAAUGGCUUUUGUGGCAGUUCAUUGUAUAUCACCUGUAAUAACUAUAGUAAUUAAAUGCACUCAGGCCAGAUAGUCAAUUAAAUGGGAGGAGAAACAAAGGGAUUUGAGCUCUUGGCAUGUGGGGCUAGUAUUGGUCAUGCAGACCCACUUAAUUAUACCAGGGAGGCUUGUAGCCCUCCAGAUGUUGUUGGAUUCUGACACUCAUUCAUCCCACCCAGCAUGGUCAAUAGUCAGGGAUUAUGGGAGUUUUAAUCCAGCAACAUCUGGAGAGCUGCAGGUUCCCCACCUCUGGUUUAUAACAAUUGCCUUUGUUGACUAGAAAUUUGGGUGCUGUUGAGGAGGGAGAAUUUUAAAAGAGCCCGCUGGAUCAGACCAAAGGUCCAUUGAGGUUCAACAUCCUGCUCCCUACAGUGGCCAAUCAAAUUCUUAAUUCAGAGAAGUCCACAAGCUGGACAUGGAAGCAACAGCCCUCCUUUUCCUGGUGUGCCUCAGCAAGCACUAUUCACUAUUCACCAACCACAGAGGUUCCAUUGCAUUGCUGAGAACUGAUAGAUUUGAGGAGGAGUGGCCCAAGUCCCUUUUUAUUAGUUUGUUUACAUUUCUAUACCACCUUUCCACCAAUUGGUGCUCUUGAAGCCUUGAAGGCAAAUUCUGUAAAUCAGGACUGAGGAACUUGAAGCCUAACAACAUCCAAAGGGCCACAACUCCCAUCUGUCCCUUAGUUAGCAGGGCUAAUAGUUGGAAGCUGUAGUCCAGCAACAUUACAGGCUGCACCGUUCCCAGUCCAGCCAUAAAUUAACUCCGUGUUGUGUAACGUACAGCUUGUUUUUGCUGAGUGCUGUAUCUACUGCCAGCCAAAUUCACUGGGUGAAAAUUAUUAUUAUUUUUUAAUCAUUAAUAGCUUUGAAAAAUAAAAGUUUCCAGGAUGCUUCCAAUAUUAAAUACUAGCAGCCUGAUAGCCAGUGCUGCCCAGGAAUUUUAAGAAACAACCCACCUCCCGCAGUUUUGAAAUAAGUUGUUAAAAUCAGUGAAGUUUUGAAAGGUUCAGUCUGCCCUCUUGAUUCAAAGCAAUGUCUAAUCAUAUCCAAAUAUAAAUGAAAACUUGCUUCUUGAUUUCAGGAACCCUCAUGCAAAAUUUGGUUAUGAUAAAUUAAGGAUGUCUCAACACACAGCAAGAGCCAAAGCAAAUUUCCAAAAUAUAUUGUAGACGUGUGGGCUGAAACAUGAAAUGAGGGUGAUGGCUCCUGUCUUACCUCCAUGACAUCCCCUUGGUAAACAAAUCCUAGACAAACCUGCAGAAUCCUGUGCAGCUUGCCUUGGUGGAAUUAGUCAGGCACCAUCAGGUCUUUUGCACGGCACCCACAGAACGGAGCUGCCAGCGUCAUGUUUCACAUAAAACUAUUUUUAUAUGAAAGAAUCUUCUUGGGAAGCAGCGGGUGCAACACCUGCUUUGUCAGGAUCUAGGUCAGCAGAGGAGCAGAACAGAACCUCCACAGUGGCCACACGUUGUCCCCUUACUUCGUCCUCUUGUUACUGCAUCUCUCCUAGAGAACAGCCACUUUGCCCAGGUGGAGUGGAACCUGUACAAUGGUACCUCUGGUUAAGAACUUAAUUUGUUCUGGAGGUCUGUUCUUAACCUGAAACUGCUCUUAACCUGAGGUACCACUUUAGGUAGUGGGGCCUCCCGCUGCCGCUGCGCCACUUGAGCACGAUUUCUGUUCUCAUCCUCAAGCAAAGUUCUUAACCUGGGGUGCUAUUUCUGGGUUAGUGGAGUCUGUAACCUGAAGCGUCUGUAACCUGAGGUACCACUGUACUCCCCUCCCCCGGUGCUGUUGAAUAACAAGUGCAACUGCAUUUGGGGUACUGUGUACUGUUUGGGGCACCUCGCCUCACAAAGGGUAUUGUUGGGAAAGGGUCAGAAAACAACCCCAAAAUGAUCAAGGGGAUGGAGAGACUCCCUCCGAGGAAAAGUUGCAGCAUUUGGGAUUUGGAGAAAAGGUGAGCAAGAGGCAGUGUGAUAGAAGAGUAUUAAAUGAUGCAUGGCAUGGAGAAAGUAGACAGAGGGAAGUUUCCCCUCCCUCUCUCAAAACACAAGAACUCAUGGAUAUUCGGUGAAGCUGGAUGUUGGAAGAUUCAGGACAGAGAAAAGGAAGUCACACCGUGCAUAGUUAAACUAUGGAACUCCCUCCCACAGGAGGCAGUGAUGGCCACCAGUGUGGACAGCUCCAAAAGAAAUUAGGCAGAUUUAUGGAUGGCAAGGCUAUCAAUGGCUGCUAUAAUAAUGUAAUAAUAAUUUAUUAUUUAUACCCUGCCCAUCUGGCUGGGUUUCCCCAGCCGCUCUGGGCAGCUUCCAACUGAAUAUUAAAAACAAGACAGCGUCAGACAUUAAAAGCUUCCCUAAACAGUUGUCUUUUAAAAGAAAAAUAGUUGUUUAUUGCCUUGACAUCUGAUGGGAGGGCGUACCAGAUGGUGGGUGCCACUACCGAAAAGGCCCUCUACCUGGUUCCCUGUAACCUCACCUCUCACAGGGAGGGAACUGCCAGAAGCUCGGCGCUGGACCUCAGUGGAUGAUGGGGGUGGAGAAGCUCCUUCAGGUAUACUGGACCGAGGCGGUUUAGGGCUUCUUUAAAGCACCAACACUUUGAAUUGUGCUCGGAAACAUACCGGGAGCCAAUGUAGGUCUUUCAAGACCGGUGUUAUAUGGUCUCGGCAGCCGCCCCCAGUCACCAGUCUAGCUGUCGCAUUCUGGAUUAGUUGCAGUUUCUGAGUUACCUUCAAAGGUAGCCCCACAUAGAGCGCAUUGCAGUAGUCCAAGCAGGAGAUAACUAGAGCAUGCACCACUCUGGUGAGACAGUCUGUGGGCAGGUAGGGUCUCAGCCUGCGUACCAGAUGGAGCUGCCCUGGACACAGAAUUAACCUGUGUCUCCAUGGACAGCUGUGCAUCCAAAAUGACUCCUAGACUGCACACCUGGUCCUUCAGGGGCACAGUUACCCCAUUCAGGACCAGGGAGUCCUCCACACCAGCCCGCCCCCAGUCCCCCAAGAACAAUACUAGCCUUGAUGACAGUGCUCUGCCACCAAGGUUGGAGGCAGUAAUGUUUCUGAACACCAGUUGCUGGGAAACACAGGAGAGAGAGAGGGCUGUUGCCCUCAGGUCCUGCUUGGGGGUUCCCAUAGGCAUCUGGUUGGGCUACGUGAGAACACAAUGCUGGACUAGUGGGGCCUUGGCCUGAUGAAGCAAGCUCUCAUAAGAGCACAAUGUCUCAUCCGUUCUGCUCCACUAGGCAUGCUAGCUGGGGUUGAUGGAGUCAUGAGCCUCUGUAAGCCACAAGUUCUCAAUCUUUGAGGCAAGCUGCAAGCCUAUCCCCACUUACCUGAGAGUAAGACCCACUGAAUUCAAUAGGGCAUAUUUGUAGGGAGCCAUGCUGAGAGCUUUGUCAUCAGUCCAUGAAAUGUCUCAGAACAUUUAAGCUGCAAUCCUAUACAUUGUUGUUUAUUAAACUAUGCCUUGACUCUACAUUAUGCAUAAACCCAGCCCACCAGUUUAUGUUGUGUUUGCUGCCAACAAACCACAAUCCAACAAUAUGGUUUGUUGGUAGCUUACAAACCUUGGUUUGCUUUUAAGUAUGCUAACCCAAUAACCAUGGUUUGUUUGGUGAAUGCCUGGGGUGGGUUGGCCAAACUGCAAAGGUACAAAGCAAGGGCAUCUGGAAAACAAAACAAACUUGGAAGGAACAAGCCAUGGUUUAUUUGAUUCUCUGUGGGACAACUCAUAGAUAAGGAUUAUGUGUGAACCAGGCUCUACCUACAGUGACUGACAGCAGCUUUCCAGGAAAUCAGGCCAGGGGUCUUUCUCAGCCUUGUCUAGGAAUGCUGGGGAAUGAACCUGGGGACUUCUCCAUGCAAAUAUUGUAAGUAAAAUUAAAGGGACCCCUGACCAUUAGGUCCAGUCGUGGCCGACUCUGGGGUUGCGGCGCUCAUCUCACUUUAUUGGCUGAGGGAGCCGGUGUACAGCUUCCAGGUCAUGUGGCCAGCAUGACUAAGCGGCUUCUGGUGAACCAGAGCAGCGCACGGAAACGCCGUUUACCUUCCUGCCAUAGCAGUACCUAUUUAUCUACUUGCACUUUGAAUUGCUUUCAAACUGCUAGGUUGGCAGGAGCUGGGACCGAGCAACGGGAGCUCCCCCCGUCGCGGGGAUUCGAACCGCCGACCUUCUGAUCGGCAAGUCCUAGGCUCUGUGGUUUAACCCACAGCAUCAUCCGCAUCCUUGCAAAUGUUGUACUCCACCACUAAAAUACGGCUUUUCUCCAUCUUAGGCUAUUUUAAAAGAACUUGCAACUGAUGCCUGAGUUUGCUUAUUUCCUCUUUCCUCCCCACUCAUUUCCUUUUGUGUCAUGUCUUGUUAGAUUAGGAAGCCUGAGGGCAGGGAAUGUCUUGUUUCUUAUUGAGCUGUAAGCUGCCCUGGACAUAUUUUUUGUAUGAAGAGGUGAAAAUUCAAGCCAUCCGUUACCAACCACGAUUAGGAAAGGGAGUGAAAUGAAAGGCUACCGUUCUGAAGAGUCCACCUCACUCAGCUCAAUGGGACUGGCUUCUGAAUAAAAAUGCAUAGAAGCAGGCCACCGAGCUAUAAGCGGUCCUACAGCACACACUUCCUUGGAAACAAAUUGUAAGCCUAUGGUAUUUACUGCUAAACAAAUGAGUAUAGGAUCAGGUGCAGAGCAGCAUAGAUCACAAUGCCAUUCUGUACAUCUGUGCUGAAUCAACAUUUAGAAUUAAUUAGGGUUACAUACUAAAUAGUAUUUAUUAGUUGCUUUAAAUAAGUGUUUUAAAAUGGCUUACAAAUAAAUGUGUGUGUGUGUGUGUGAGAGAGAGAGAGAGAGAGUGAGCAAAGCACAAUUUGAAGCAAUCAGACCAUAAAAGUGAUCUCUCCAUCCCCUAACUACCACAUAUAGCCCCAAAAGGGAUGUGUAUAUACACAAAACAUACCUACAUACACACAAUAAUAAUUAUUGUAAGUAAAAAAUUAAUGCUCAGAUGUGUGUGGGGAAAACAUUUUAAUCUAGUGCCAAGAAUAAAUGAGUAAAUCUGAUCAAAGCAAGCAGGUUUCUGAUGUUUUCCUACGCAGCAAAAUAUGCAACCUUAGCAGAAUUUAGCAGGAGCCACACCAGAAGCUUAGCAAGUAAUGCAGCUUCCAGAAUUGGAGAGGCUGCUUUCCUUGAGGGCUCUUCAUUACCACAGGUGCUUUCUGAGCAUCCUUUUGAUGUGGAGGGUGGAGUCACCUGCUUAGAGAAUCCUUAAGGUCCACCACAGACUUCACACAGUAGGUCUGCAGAGAGGAAGAAACAAUCUCAGUGGUGAGACUUAUUUUUUUGUAGAGACAUCCCUAGUUUGGGUUCAGGAUAUGAUUUAGCUUGUUGCUUGGAAAUUUUAGAAAAGUAUUGGGAGUCUGAUUAUGCAUAUGCCCCCCUCCCCAACAGAAACCAAAAUGGGAGGAACAAAAUUAAGAAAAUCUUGCAAUGCAGAGAACUUAAAAUAGAGAUUUUUUUCUUAAUGGUUGGAAGAAUUAGGGGGGCACGCUUAAACUUAUUUUUCUAAGCUUUAACACUUUUUAAAAACUAGGUAGUCAGUUUGGAAGGCAUCUACAAAUCCCUGUAGUCGUUAAUAUUGGCUGAGAAGCAAAUAAGCUUAGUAAUGGAAGAGAGGUACUGCUACACAUCCGCACAAGCAGAUGUUGCAGUGUGGAGUGCUUCUGUUCAGGGUACCAACAGCUAUGAUAGUUUCCUACUCCAUGCCAUUCCCCCUCAAGAACAUGAGAAAGUUGGAAGUUGAAAUGGCUUCACAUGUACUAUUACGUUGUCGUUUUUAUGAGGAUAUACGUUUGACUUUUAUUACACCUGUUUUGCAAAAGUCCAGGAAAGAAUCGGAACACCAUAGUUUAAAAUUGCUGUUAGAGGACAAGAAUCCCAAGACUACAUUAAAUGUAGCCAAAUUCUGUGCGUCUGCAAUUAAUCGCAGGAAGCAAGUGGUAUCCCAUAAUGACCAAACCCCCAAAUGUUAAUUAUAGGGGGCACGCUAAUAAUUAAUUUUAAUUUUUUAUAUUUAAAUCCUUGUUAUAUUUAUAUUGUCCUCUGUAUUUCUGAUAUUAUUUUUAUGAUCUGUGAUAUUGUGUGUGUUGACGCUGGUCUGUGACCGUAUUAAUAAAUAAAUUCAUUCAUUCAUUCAUUCAUUCAUGGCUGCUGGACCAGACCAGUGGCCCAUCUGGCCUUAUAUCUUGUUCUCACAAUGGCCACCCAGACGCUUAUGGGAAACUAGCAAGCAGGAUUCAGGCCCAAGGCUCCUCUCCCCUCCUGUGGUUUCCAGCAACUGGUAUUCAGAGGCAUCGGCGCCUCUAUGGAGGCAGAGUAGCCAUGGCUAGUAGCCAAGGUUUUAAAGUCAAAUUUAAAACUACUUAAUUUUACUUAAUGGUGGCUACUGAGUCUUUUAUACUUUUUAUGUGUUUAAUAUAUUGGGAUUGCCAAUGUUUGAUGGUUUUUUCUCUUAUGGUUUUGUUGUCUAGAGGCUGAAUGAGUAGUAGGUAUGAUGGGACUACAACUCCCAUCAUCCCUGACCUCCAUGCUGCAUGAGGCUGAUGGGAGUUGUAGUCAAUAUCAUCCGGAGGGCACGACAUUGGCUAUCCUCCAGAUCCUGCUUGGCUACAGCUCACAUCAUCUCUCACCAUUGACCAAACUAGCUGAGGCUGAUGGGAGUUAGUGUUCGUCAACAUCUGGAGGGCCAAAGGUUUCCUAUCCCUGCCCUAUUGGAUGGCCCUAACCUGAUGAAUUUCUGCCUGUCAUGUAGUUGAUAAAAAGUGCAGGAGCCCUGCCAGGGGGGGAAAUGUUUACCUUAGUUAUGUAUUUUCAACAACCAAUUAUGUUUACUUAACAGGAGCAGUAUUGCAACUGGAGCCUCCUAUCACUCUUUCUUUCUUUUUUUCCAGGAAUGUCUGAAAGGGAAAGGCAAGUGAUGAAAAAACUGAAGGAAGUAGUAGAUAAACAAAGGGAUGAAAUCAGAGCAAAGGACCGUGAACUUGGUCUUAAAAAUGAGGAUGUAGAAGCUGUAAGUCUGUUUCAUCCCUUUAGGGAUAAAUGCCAAAGUACUGCCAAGUAACUUUUUUAAAGGCCCCAAUAUCUAAAUCCAUUUAUUUUGAUAUGUAGAAAAUUCAGAGAGGCCAGCUUAUCCCUAUUAGUAGAUAAUGGUGCUCCUGUGUUCAAAAGGGAUGGAGAAACUCAGCCCCAGGGGCAGAAUGCGACCUCUUCGUCUGACCCUUGAAGCCCAUACAUCAUCUCCUCUGACCCAACCCCUUUACCAGCUCUGCAUUGCACCCUCCCUGGCUAGAAUGUGUCUGCUAAGGUCUCUUGCUUUCCUGAACAGAGGACAGGGAGGGAUGUGGGAGUACUAAAUUAAAGUAAAGCUAAAAUUCUCAGUUUCCUGGCAAGAGGGACUGUUACACCACUCUGGAAGUGGUAGCUCUGUGAAAGGAAUAGGGGUCUCCUAACAAGUCCAAGCACUCUUGACACUUCCCAAGGAUUCUUUGGACGAAGCAACAACUGCUUUAAAAUAAAUGAUACUACUCUAUAUUGUAUAGUGUAGAUGGGGCCAUAAUUGCAGCGGCUUAUCAGCUUCCUCCCUCUCUUUUCUCUCACAGCUUCAGCAACAGCAAAACAGGUUAAUGAAAAUCAAUCACGACCUUCGCCACAGAAUCACGGUUGUGGAGGCUCAGGGAAAAGCUCUGAUUGAGCAGAAAGUAGAGUUGGAGGCCUACCUGCAGACCAAGGAGCAGGAGAUGGGAGCCCUGAGGGCUGAACUCGGAAAACUCCGAGAAAAACUGCAGGGAGAGCCGAGUCAAAAUGGAGAAGAAAUCCAGGUAAGCCCUGCUUCUGUCUCCACGAAAUAUAUAUAAUAUUGUACAGUGUAUAUAUAAAGAUAAGUAUGAUGUAUUUGUGUGUGUGUUUGUUUCAUACCACUUCAGUCGUCGUGGUUUCCCUAAUUGUUGGCAUCUGUCUGUCUUGGGAGACAGUGGAGGGGUGGGUGCCUUUGGGGGUGAAGUUAAACUGUUGGAAGGUGGCAGCGUCCGCUGUGGCUGUAGAAACCAAUACAGAAGACGCCUGUUUCAUUGCAGCUGGGGCAGAUGAAGGCGUCUGGUUGUGCUGCUGCAGAUGUACCACAAUGUUUCUUCUCUCCUUCAUAUAAUGUGUAAUUAAGCCUGUAAUUACACGGAGUAAAUCCCUUUGAACUUGGGGAGUGGGGGUGGCAGCUCAGCUCUGAGUAGGCAAGUAGGUGUGGCAAACUCACAGUGGAUAGAUGUAUCCCCCAAAAUCAUACACUGCGUAUUUCCUAAUGUCUGUUGUUGGGGCCAGUUGGGGGACAGUGGCAAGGGCUAUUGUCUGUAUGGCCUCCUGGGGGGCUUCCUGGAGGCAUUUUUUUUGCCAUAGUGAGAAGCUGGCAGCUGGGUAGUAGACCUUUUUAUCUGAUCCUGGAGGGCAGGGGUGGAGAACCUGUGGCUCUCCAGAUGUUGUUGGAUUGCAGCUCCCAUCAGCCCUGAUCAGCAUGACCAGUGGUGAGGUAUGAUGAGAUUUGUGGUCCAGCAACAUCUGGAAAACUACAGGUUUAACAAUCUGUUUUUUUUUCCUUAAUCCUUUACGGCAUCUCUGCUAAAACCACAUUACUUCAUUCCAACAUCCUUCUAACAUUCCUUAAUUUUACAAUGUUUCUGUAAGUAAACUUUAAUUUUUUUCCAAUCUUCUUCCACCAACUCUUCUCCCUGGUCUCGGAUUCUGCCAGUCAUCUCCGCCAGUUCCAUGUAGUCCAUCACCUUCAUCUGCCAUUUUCCCGGGUGGGUAGAUCUUGUGUCUUCCAAUACUUCGCGAUGAGUAUUCUUGCUGCUGUUGUGGCAUACAUAAAAAAAGUUCUAUCCUUUUUUGACACCAAUUGGCCGACAAUGCCCAGGAGAAAGGCCUCUGGUUUCUUCAAGAAGGUAUAUUUAAAUACCUUUUUCAUUUCAUUAUAAAUCAUCUCCCAGAAUGUCUUAAUCCUUGGGCAUGUCCACCAAAGGUGAAAAAAUGUACCUUCAGUCUCUUUACAUUUCCAACAUUUAUUAUCAGGCAAGUGAUAUGCAGGCUAUAUUCAAAAUAGUUUGAAUUCUUAACAUUUCACUUGAACGGCUAAUUGAUUUUUAUUUUGGAGGGGUGGAUAAAAUGCAGAAGCGACUCUGGGAUCUAUUUUAAGAUUGUGUCCCAUGAGCCAAUAUCAUAUCCAAUGUUCCCUUCCCCCACCACCAUUGCAGUGCAGUUUUAGUUUCUUUAAUGCAUGAGUUCAUCUGAAACAUUUGACCUUCUACACCGCUAUGGAGAUUGAGGACUAUUGUCUGCCUCUCAUGUUUAUGGCCGAGGCUCAAAAGCUGACAGUGAAGCAGAAGUAAAUGCCAUGAAGGGCUCCCAGUACUAAUUCCUCAAUGGAUAUUCAAAUUGUGGGUGCAGAACAAAUUUAAAUAUUAAUGCAUAAUUCUGUUUGUGUUUUCAUGUAUGCAAAUGUUUCUAUUUACUUUCCUAACAAGGAAGUAGGUGAUGUAUAAGAAUGAGUGCAAGGGAAGUUGUCAGCAUAAUAAGGAGGGCUAGGAGCUUGGUAUUUUAAAAGAAACAGCCCACAUAUAUCAUUUUAAAAACAAAACACAAGACUUCUUAAGGUAUCAUAUGUAAUAACACCAAGCACUAGAUUCUGUGAUAUGUGAAGGAUUCCUUGCUUAGACACAGCCUGUCCCCCUAAUAACUCAGGAGGUUAUUUUAUACCUGAGGGGAGCUUAGAAUGUGAAACUUUUUUUCAAAAUAAAGUGGCUUUACAGAAAAAGUGACUUUGGAAGGAAAUAUUACAUUGCUAACAGAGCUGGAGUGGUUGGUUACAUGAUUCUUUGACUAAAACCAUACAGUGUCCAGCAAAACUUUCCAAACUUUUCAUGUUGGUGACACACUUUUUAGACAUGCAUCAUUUUGAGACACAGUAAUUCAGUUUUACUAGCUAAACUAACCCUUAUAAGAGCAUUCACAUGACACACCUACACACUGCAGCCGACACACUAAUGUGUCUUGACACACACACACAUCAGAAAGCUCUGGUGUACAGUAUUUAAAAUCUGGUACUAGGCAUUAACUGCAACAUCCUUUCUCUUUUUAUUAUAUUUUUAAAAGGUUUCUAACUCUCAAAGUUCCCGAGGUGAGUUUUAAAAAUGUCACCAAUCCCCACUAAAGUGAGGGAGCUGUAGGGCAAGCAGGAUACUAUAGUAGUUAGACGAUUUAUAUAUUGCAUUUACCGUAUAUCCCACCUGUUAUCCAAGCAGCUUAAGAUGGCGCACAUGGUUCUUCCCCCUUCCUCUUUUAACCCCCACAACAACCCUGUGAGGGAGGCUAGGCUGAGAGUCAGUGAGUGUCGCAAGGGCAUCCAAUGAGCUUCAUGGUUGAGUCAGGAUUUGAACCUGGGUCCUGUUCUGUCCUGACACUCUAACCACUCUACCUUCCAGUGUAGGGUGGCCCAUUAGGGUGAAUUGCCUUCUUACUUACAACCAGUUCUGUGGGCCUGAUUGUCCCCUUCCUCCUCCUCCUCCUCCUCCUCCUCCUCCUCCUCCUCCUCCACAAUCUCAGUUCUGGCUUGGCUUCUACAUCUGCUAUAAAAGUACUGCUCUUUUUUAUAUACAGUGGAUGCUCAGGUUGCAAACGUGAUCCGUGCGGGAUGCACGUUCGCAACCCACAGUGGUGCAUCUGCGCACGCACGGGUUGCAAUUCGGCGCAUCUGUGCAUGCGCAAAGAAUGAAUUUGCGCUUUUGCGCAUGCGCAACCGCCAAAACCCAGAAGUAACCCAUUCCAGUACUUCCAGGUUUUGGCAGUCCGCAACCCAAAAAAACAAACCUGAAGCAUCUGUAACCCAAGGGAUGACUGUAUUCCCAAGUACUCCUAGUCAUGUGAUAAUACAAAGAGGGUUUUUUUAAAAAAAAAACCCUGACUGCUGCUUCAUUCAUUGUACUCUAGAGCAGGGGUCAGCAAGGUUUACCUUGCCUGGGUGGGAUCAGUUCCGCAGAGCUCCCUCUGUGGGCCGGAUAGUGAGCGCACGUGAGCGCCUGCAAUUUCCAGCGUCUGUGAGAGUCUGCUCAUGUGCAGAUGCAAUUUCCGACACUGCGGAAAUGAGGCGCAGCACGAGGACUUGCCGAGUGGCCAACUCGGUUCUGGGGAGGCUCAUGGCCAGUUAAAUGGCCUCCAUAGGCCGCUUCUGGCCCAUGGGCCGCAGGUUGCCGAUGCCUGCUCUAGAAAAUGUUCACAUUCCAGUCAUUCAAUUAAAUCUGCUGUUUGGCCAACAGGAAACCAUCAACCAUUUUGUCCCUUCAUGAGUAUGCAGUCAGUAUUAAAAAUAGAAUGAUGUCAUGAAACUGGGAUAUUCUCAAACUGGCAUCAUUUUUGUGCUAUGGGUAUAUGAAAACAAAGUAAAAUGAAGGAUCACAGUUUUAAACCUCUCAUGGAAGUGGUAAGGAAGAUUAUCCCUGCCCCAACUGCUACUUCUAUAUUUUUUUUUACUUUACCUCCUUUGCCACAAGUGGCCUCAUCCAUGCCAUUCAUUAAAUUUGUGUUGGUGCUGUAAACUUUAGAGCAGAGAAAUCUGUUUUAGAGGGAGCCAGACCAUUGGUCCAUCUAGAUCAUGGCGGUCCAAUUUCCAUACCAAGUGGGUUGCAAGAGUCCUUCAACACAGAACCCGGACGCCACAUGCUGAAUUAAAUUUCCAUAUCAUAAAUUAGUGUUUGCAGGAUAUUUAAUAUUAUUUAAUAUACACUAUUGAGGGACAUGGGUGGCUCUGUGGUCUAAACCACUGAGCCUUGGGCUUGCUGAUCAAUAGGUUGGCAGUUCAAAUCCCCGUGACGGGGUGAGCUCCUGUUGCUCAAUCCCUGCUCCUGCCAACCUAGCAGUUUAAAAGCAUGCCAAAAAGUGCAAGUAGAUUAAUAGGUACCUCUCCGGGGGGAAGGUAAACGGCGUUUCCGUGCACUGCUCUGGUUCGCCAGAAGCAGCUUAGUCACGCUGGCCACAUGACCCGGAAAAACUUUCUGUGGAGCAGACAAACGCCGGCUCCCUCAGCCUGUAAAGCGAAAUGAGUGCCGCAACCCCAGAGCCGUUUGUGACUGGACUUAACUGUCAGGGGUCCCUUUACCUUUAAUAUGCACAAUUAAUAUACUUAAUUAAAUAUAUAUAGUUAAAUAUGCAACUAAUAGAUUUAAUAUUUUUAUUUAUUAAACAAAUGUAAUACACAGGCAGAUGAAUGUGCUUUUGUUAACGAUGCAUGACACAAAAAAUAAAAUUUUAAGCCUUCAAGAUGGUUCAUGAAUGUUGCUAGUGGUCGCCAAGAAAGGUCUCGUGGGCCGGACUACCCUGAUCUAGGUCAGUGUUGUUUAGAUUGCCCGCAGUUCGUCAGCAUUUCAGGCAGGGCUCUCUGCAAGUCAUACCUGGAUAUCUUGGGGGUUGAAACUAGGAGCUUCUGCAUGCAAAUCAGAAACUUGAACUGCUGAGCUGUGCCUCUUUCCUGCAAAUUAAGCAAAAAAAAACCCUAGCAUUAAUACAAAUUCUCUGUACAGCUUGAGGGUUGCCAGCUUUACAAGUGGGCCUGAACUGUUUGUACUGUUUGUCUUUAUUUCAGCAGUUAAGAGCUGUUGUUGUUGUUUAGUCGUUUAGUCGUGUCUGACUCUUCGUGACCCCCUGGACCAGAGCACGCCAGGCACCCCUGUCUUCCACUGCCUCCCGCAGUUUGGUCAGACUCAUGUUUGUAGCUUCAAGAACACUGUCCAACCAUCUCAUCCUCUGUCAUCCCCUUCUCCUUGUGCCCUCCAUCUUUCCCAACCUCAGGGUCUUUUCCAGGGAGUCUUCUCUUCUCAUGAGGUGGCCAAAAUAUUGGAGUCUCAGCUUCAGGAUCUGUCCUUCCAGUGAGCACUCAGGCCUGAUUUCCUUAAGAAUAGAGAGGUUUGAUCUCCUUGCAGUUCAUGGGACUCUCAAGAGUCUCCUCCAGCACCAUAAUUCAAAAGCAUCAAUUCUUCGGCGAUCAGCCUUCUUUAUGGUCCAGCUCUCACUUCCAUACAUUACUACUGGGAAAACCAUGGCUUAAAGCCAGCAGUUAAGAGAAGAGUAGCUAAAUAAAUGCCCUCUCUCAGACACUACUGUACUGCACUCCAGAGCCUGGUGCCUCAGGCAGUUGGCAUCUGGGUUGUCUGCUUCUAAAUCUGGCUCUGUAUAUAGCUUUUAAAAUAAAAUGCUUUACACUGUGCGCCAAGGAAGAAGAAAGAAAUGUGAGAUUUGUUUCCCAAAACAGAAUGUGAACAUGCAACUGAUGUAAAAAUUCGGGUUUGACUUUUGCUGCGCAACUCCCCAUGGGACUCUUGAGUCCCCUAAGUCCAUGAUCGGUCAGAGAAGAAUGGGUGGUGGCAGAAUCCAGUGGAAAGGAAGGCAGACAUUUAUUUUUCUGUUGAAACAGAGUUUCCUCCCCUCCUUCCAAGGAGGGAGAGACCCUCAACAAAAGUGUGCAGGAAGCUUUAAAGACUUUUGACUUUGCCCAACCCCCUUAGCCAAAGACCACCCCAAAAUCAUCAUACAUACAUCAUAGGAGGCGGGUCUACAGUAGAGAUCCUGUCUGCCCGGAUACCUGAUAAUAGUCGCUGAUUGCAUUGCCUGGGCAGCCUGGCCAUUCUUUUGUGAUGGUUAAUACUUUAGUUCCUGAAGAAUUUGUAAGCAAAAAGACAACGGGAAAGCUUUCCUCAUUUGUUUCCUUUACUUCAGAGCAAUAUUUGAGGUCAUUGGGAGAGUCAAAAUUUCUUCAGGAUUGCUCUCCUAUACUAUUUCAGACACAUGGUUUAUAUAUUCAGAUAUGUGUGCAUUUAUAAAUAUUUAUUCUAUAUUUGAGACCUUAGAAUUCUUUUAACAAAAGGAGAUAAUUUGAAUCUCUCCCAAGCUGAGGAGUAGAGUGGGCAUCCUUUUUUGUUUUCCUUGACAGAUUGCAGGUUUUGGUUGCUGGUUUGGUGUUAUAGAUUGGUUUGUGUGUGCUAGGAAUUGUUUAGGUGUAUAUGUGUUGUGUUGGCUUUUAGGAUUAUUGUGAAAUGGAUAUUUUAAAUGUCUUCUGACUGCUGUUCUGGGCUGGGAUAGUUCAGUUGAUGGAGUAUAAAACUGUUAAUCUCAGAGUUGUGGGUUCAAGCCCCACGUUGGGCAAAAUGAUUCCUGCAUUGCAGGGGUUUGAACUAUAUAACUCUCGUGGUCCCUUCCAACACUACAGUUCUAUGAAAAGCGGAUUAUAUAGUCUACACUUUCUGGCUACAGUAUUUGCUUAUCCAGCAUAUACCGUAUUUUUCGCUCUAUAAGACGCACCAGACCACAAGACGCACCUAGUUUUUGGAGGAGGAAAACAAGAAAAAAAAGAUUCUGAAUCUCAGAAGCCAGAACAGCAAGAGGGAUCGCUGCGCAGUGAAAGCAGCAAUUCCUCUUGCUGUUCUGGCUUCUGGGAUAGCUGCGCAGCCUGCAUUCGCUCCAUAAGACGCACACACAUUUCCCCUUACUUUUUAGGAGGGAAAACAUGAGUCUUAGAGAGCAAAAAAUAUGGUAGUUUGUACUGCUUUAUUUUAAAUGCUUGGAGGUUUCUGUUGAUUAAGCAAUAUAUAAAAAUUGUUAAACAAAUAUGACAUUUAUUAUGAAUGAUAAAUAUUAAUAAAUGCAUCAAUAAGUCAUAAUUAAGAAUGUAAAUUAUUAUUAUCAUCUGACUGGCUUUUUGUUCAUUCAGAUGGUGGGGAAGAUUUGGCUUCAAUACCCAGUUUUCCACAGCCAGGCGCCAGAUCUGUUUGUGCACAGACCCGUAGAAGGAAUGGUUGCUUUCUUCUGCUGUUCUAUAGUCUGUUGGUUUAUGGUGAUGUUGCCUCUUUUCUAUCCUUAGAGCUGCUCCCAGCUUUCUCUGAGUAUAAUAAACCCUGGCAGAGAGAUGACAUUACCAUACGCUCUCUACAGCCAGUACCGUCAUCAUUGGCUGCCUCCUUUUUCAGCCUUGGCUGUUUGUUUUUAAGAUUAAACGCUUGCCCUAGGUUACUUAUGAAAAAAAUACGAUGCAGUCGAAGGGACUUGUAAGACCCAAGCCAUGUAUUAACGUAGGAUUUUUUGUUUGUUCCUCGCAGGCCGAAGAACCAAACAAUGAUGAAUACAUCUCAGAAUCUGAGAAGAUAGCCAUGGAUUUGAAGGAUCCCAACCGUCCAAGGUUUACUUUGCAAGAGCUGCGAGAUGUUUUGCAUGAGAGAAAUGAACUGAAAUCUAAAGUUUUUCUGCUGCAAGAGGAACUUCUGUAUUAUAAGAGGUGCGCUGUUGCUUUCAGCUCCUUUCUAGUCUGAUUCUAUGUGGAAGCAGUUGGACUGAAGACGGUUUGCUUUUCAGUGGGAUCAGUCCUGUUGAGGCUGCAGUCGUCUGCUCAGUUCCUCUGUGUGUGUGUGUGUGUGUGUGUGUGAGAGAGAGAGAGAGAGAGAGAGAGAGAGCACUGAACUUCAGUUGCAAGCCCACACUAGUUGGAAGUGGAGUGGAGCCAGAAUGGGGAGCUCUCUUGGGUGAGGCCACUUGGGGGUAACCCACAGCUCUCCACGUGUUGCAGGACUGCAACUCCCCUUGUCCCUGACCAUUAGCCAUGCUGUCUGGAGCUGAUAGGAGUUGGGGGUCCAACCACAUCUAGAGAACCACAAGUUUCACAUUCUUCAGAAGCCACUAGGUACACUUUUAAAUGCACCGCUAGUCAAAAGGGCCAAGAACAUUUCAAGCUAUUUCCUCCAAUUUCUUCUUCUUCUUUUUCUCUCUGCUCUUUUCUCUUAUGAAGAUAAGGAAGAAUGUUCAGGCAGUCAUCAGUAAACCUACAUUAUACCAGGUCAGGCUGUUUGUUUCUUUAGCCCAGAUGAGUUACUCAAGAGCUUUCCAAACAUUUUGUGUUGGUGACACACUUUUUAGACCUGCAUCGUUCUGAGUGGGACGCGGGUGGCGCUGUGGGUUAAACCACAGAGCCUAGGACUUGCCGAUCAGAAGGUUGGCGGUUCAAAUCCCCACGACGGGGUGAGCUCUCAUUGCUCGGUCCCUUCUCCUGCCAACCUAGCAGUUCGAAAGCACGUCAAAGUGCAAGUAGAUAAAUAGGUACCACUCCGGCAGGAAGGUAAACGGCGUUUCCAUGCGCUGCUCUGGUUCGCCAGAAGCAGCUUAGUCAUGCUGGCCACAUGACCCAGAAGCUGUACGCCAGCUCCCUCGGCCAAUAAAGCGAGAUGAGCGCCGCAACCCCAGAGUCGGUCACGACUGGACCUAAUGGUCAGGGGUCCCUUUACCUUUACCUAUCGUUCUGAGACACAGUAAUUCAGUUUUACUAGCUAAACUAAUCCCUUAUAAGAGUAUUCACGUGACACACCUAUACACUGCAUCUGACACACUAACAUGUCGCGAAACAGUUUAGAAAGUUCUGGUCUACUCUGACUGGGAGUGGCUCUCUGGUGCAGCCUCUGAAAAUGUGGUACCCUCCACAUGUUUUGGAAUAAAGCUUAUAUUGGACCCAUCCAUCAUUCCCACAAUUUGGGAACCCCUUCUCUACACUGCAUGGGGCCCCUUUUCUUCACACUUUUUCUCCACCUGUGCCAGAGGUAUCCAAGCAGAGACUGGGCAUCUGCCUGUCAUGGAUACGGUUGUGGCACCUGGCAAUGAGCAGGCAGCUGGACAAGAGGACUAAGGCCCCUUUAUUUAUAUACACAAUUAUAUGCACUGACAGAGGUAUGCUUUCUGUCUCCUUUCUGUGUGAAGAGUGAGUGACUAAUUUUUCCUAGGUGUAAUGAGAGUAUUUGGUAUCUUAACAUAUACAUUUCAUAUCUUUUCCUGUUCUUUUUUUUAAAAGUGAUGAGGCUGAUGAAGAAAUGAGGUCUCCCCAACCCACAACCAUUAUUCACUCAAAACCAUCCACUCAGCAGGAAUCUGGAAUCAAACGACUGUAAGUUCCCUCUUCUUCCCAAGGCUGCUUUAAACCAAGCAAGGGGAGAAGAAACUUGCUUUCCUAUGCUUCUUGGGGUCCCUGGGCUUUUAAAAAUGCUCUAAGAAAGAAUGGUGCUCAGUGUCCUUUGAAUAAUCUCCAUAAUGCCACAAAGCACCUCUUUUUGUUUAUCUGUUUGAUUCAUUUUGACACAGUUUAAAUACUGUUGCCUGCCUCCCCAACCUCUGAGUACUGCGAGAUUCCAGGGCUUCCAGGUGCUUACCCAGGGUUCAUGUUUCCUUUGGGAAUGAGACACAACAGAGACUGUGGUGCCCUGUCUGGUGUAUGGUUUAUUUACACAUAUAUAAGGGUCUUGCUUCCUCCAUAAGUGCAGUAGAUUCAAGAAUAAAUCAAAAUUGCUCUCAAACUUUGCUCUGACUCUCCAGCUUGCUUCUUUACUUCUAGGUCACAGCACUGCCCCUUUCAGCUCUAAACUUAGGCUUUGUCCUUCAAAGUAUCUCUGUGUUGAGGGAGUAGCCCCACCCACUGAGACCCCUUUCCUUUGUUCUCUUCAUGGCCCAUCACCCAGGGUAUCACCUCAACACAGGAAGCCAGUCUGGCUUUUGCUUGGUGGGGCCAGGGGUGAGAAGGAUCUCGCAUUCUGCCUACUUGCUCCCCCAUACCAAACUUAUUUUCCCCUGGGGUCAGUAGUAACAAAUUGCUACCUUGGCUAUUCCUAGCGUGAAGCUUUCUCUGAAUAUUUCCCCAUGAGACCCAACUACAGAUUUUUCUCACUGGUGAGCUACUUUUUAAUAUGCAGGAAUUUGUUUUUUAAUGUGUGGUGGGUGGAGCAAGGAAGCAUGUGAUUUGCCCACCUGCCCAAUCGCCACAUUGGUGUGAGAGCCACAUUUAGGUGACCCUAAACACUUGUUUGGGGUUUAAUCUUGUUUUAAAUGUAUUCAUUGUUAGUGUUUUUAACCAUUUUAAAUUAUUUUAUGUGUAAAUUGCCUUGAGACUGUGGUUUAGAAGCAAAUAAUAAAUUACAGUUAAUAAUAAUUAAUAAUGACCUUUCUGCAGCAAAGUCUGUAACCAAGCCUAAACGUGUACUUGAAACAACUGCAUAUUGCCCCCUCUUACCUCUUGACUCCUCUUCUACCUGCUUCCUCUUUUUGUUUUCCCUGCAUUGAAAUUUAGACUAUAAACUCCUUAAGGCAAGAGACCUCUCCUCUUGGACUCCAAAAAGCGCUGUGUGCUGCACCAAUAGUGCUAUGUAAAUAAUGAGCAGCACGCAUUUUCUUAAUGUGUGCGUCAUCACCUACAACGAGGGUCGCCAAUCUUCUUGGACCAGGGUGGGGGCACAUUUUGAAUUUUGAGAGAGUGCUGGGGCGCCAGUCACAAAAUGGUUGCCUUGUGAUGGCAGGGCAGUAACAUGAAAUUAGAGAGAGAACAAUCAUGGUGAAGCUUUCCCUGUAAUUGUAUUUUCAUAAAAGGUAUGACCUGUUGGAAUUCUGCUUGCAAGAUUAUAGAGAAACAAUAAAAGUGUAUUAAAGGGGGGGGCAGCAGCUCUUUAGGACCUCAGGGAUUCUUAUUUCCUCAUGUCCAAACAGUGCACUUUUCCGUCACAGUUCCAACUUCACUCAUUGGCUAAAAACACUGGCAGCCUUCUUCAUUUCACAGAAAUUACUGGGAAGGGUGACUUCUUCAUACCUUUCUUUCUAGGAGGUCUAGAGAUGUACUUAAAAAGAAAGUAAGCCCAGAGUCCAGGGCCCUUGCCUUGGUGUGCCAGUGAAGCUCAUGGCAGGCACCAGGCUGGCAACCCCUGCCCUACUGCAAGGGGGGGAAGCUGUAGCCCUCCAGAAUAGGGUUUGAUUCCAACUUUUCACCUGCCAGCAUGGCUAAACAGUCAGGGAUAAUGGCCGUCCAGCAGCCCCUGGGGGGCCACGGCUUCCUCAUUCCUGCCCUGCUGUUCUGUGUGCCAAUAGAAGACAAUGCCAGGAUGCACUGGCACCAAAUCUGUUGGUACUGUAGUGCAAAAAGAGUGAGUGCCAGGCAGUGCAUACAGUUAGAUGCCUGCCAAGCUCUCUUGGAAACCUCUGGACCAGGGGGUGGGCUUCCUGGAAAACCCUGGUGCUGCUACCUUAGAAAAUGGCAAGCACCAAACUGCAGUAAGCAUGUGGUGCUUCACUAUGUCCUUAGCAUAAAUUCCUUUGAAGUUCUGUUUUCUUUUGUUUUUUUCUCCUCUUGAGACUAUGGAGAGGGGAUUAAGAAGCAACGUGGGUGGGUGGGUCCAAAGUGACAAACUGCAUUUUGAAUCUCUAUAUGAGAGAGAGCUUUGUCCCAAAUGUUUAGAUGUGCCAAAAAAGAACCCCCUUUUUUCCAUAUUAGCACUUGCAUCCUAAACCGUAUUUCCUCCAAAGUAAGUCCUAUUGGUUCUCCUAGCAUUAAACUUUCAAAAAAAGUGUGCUUAAUUUCCAGUUUGUGAUUCAUUACUCAUUUGUAGGUGAAAAGUACCUUUCCUUCUAUUAGUAUCAGAGGUUCAGCAGUGGAGAGCACUGGCAAAGAGGUGUUUUGGGGAGGGACGUCCCUCUCCGCUCCCCAAGCUGUGUGAGAUGCUAGCACAGGAUGGUGACUGUGUCGCUGUCAUGGACAAAAAAAAAUUAAUGGAGGCAAAAACCAAUUAGGAAAUUUUUAAAUUGUAAAUCUUUGAGCAGGGAUUUUCGUUUACAUGGUUGUUGUUUUUUAAGAAGCCAGAUCUACCUCGUUUUGUACACUGAGCAAAAAGGGCCCUUUGUUUCAAAGGUUGUGUCACUUGUUUGUUGCUGACAUGAUGAUCAGUGCUGGCUUUAAAAAGAAGACAGACAAAAGCCUCUCUCUCUCUCUCUCUCUCUCUCUCUCUCUCUGUGUGUGUGUGUGUGUGUGUGUGUGUUUAAUGACGUGGGGGGAGGCUUGAUGCAACCCAGUCAGCCAAGCUGUGUAACUGUAGAAAACCCGUUCAGAAUAAUAACAACUCUGUGUGUUGUUUUUGAUUCUAAUAAUAGCAUCUCCCAGAAGCAGCUCUGUUGGGAAUGUCUCGGAGCUGUGUUUAGGUCAGAAGCAAAAAAGUGCUCUGGUGAUCUCAGCUGUGUCCUUAAUCAACAGCAACAAGUGGCAUCUGCAGCAAAUGGUUGCAGCGGGAUAUUGCUCCCCUUCCAGGUCCCAACAUGAUGUCCCAUUCCACUCCAGCAAUCAGCCACCAUCCAUGCAUAGAGAACAUGCUCAGUCCUCAUGGGGCUUUUUCUGUGCCCCCCUGAAGUUUUAUUCUCCCACAGAUGUUUGUUUGUACUUCUACAAACCUUUGGGUUCCCCCAAACCUGCUGGCAUUUCCUGUCUUGUGCAUGGAUGGUGCCAUUUUGGCCACAUAAAGACAGGCGCACAGCAAAUGAAUUUGCUAUUAAUGUAUGGGUUGUGUGCAAUGCAGCACGGAGUUAAAGCCAGUGGUAUACUUCAUUAUUUAUUGCACUUACAUGCCACCUUUUCCCCCUCCAAGGAGCUCAAGGUGACAUAUACAGUUCUCCCCCUCCUCAUUUAAUCCCUGAUACAAUCCUGUGAGAGGCAGAGACUGUCCCAAGGUCACCCAGGGAGCUUCAGGGCCAAGUGGGGAUUUGAACUCUCUCACCCCGACACUCCAGCAGCUACACUACACUGGUGAAAUGUUUCAUGCCCGUGAGACACGGUUGCCUAAGAAUAGAUAAGCAACUUUUUUAGAAAGACCCCAAAAUUGUUGAGCUGCAAUUUUUUGAUUGACUUGCCUAAGAUCCAGGACAAAACUCCACAUUUUUGAUAUCCCGCCCCCCGGAAAAUCUGGACAUAUGGCAGCCCCAGGCAUAAUAGACUGCGCAAUGAGUUUCUGCUAGUACAGCGGAUUCCUCUUUUGCACAAAACUUACCCAUCCGCGAGUGCAAGAGCCCUCAAAUGCCUUUGGGAACUCACAAGCAGGACAUGGUGGAGUUAGUCUUUCCCUGUUUGUGUCUUAAGCUCUAAGGUCACAUGCACAGUAAACAUGUCAAGCCCUCUUGCACUACUUUAACAUUCCUGGGCAGGUGUGCCAACUCGAAUAAAAUAAUGGAGGUGCAGGUAAGCCCUGCCCCACAUAAUCACAUCACACGGUCAUGCACACCAUUUUAAUGGCAAUGCCCAUCAACUUGGAGGGAGGGGCUGGACCCCUCCAGUAUUUUGCUGGGUGGGCUGAAGUGAUCUCAGCCCCUAGGAGUUGGAUCCUAUGUUCAUACUCUCUAACAUUCCUCAGAUGAUAAUAAGGACAUUUCUCACUCCCCCACAACUGACUCUCAAUUGGUUUGAUUCAGAAGGACUCUCCUUGAGAUCAGAGGCUCUCUGGGCAAUACAGACCCUUCCCCACCUUGUAAAAACAUUGUCCUUUGUGUAAGUCAGCACCCGUGUCUGUCGUUUCCUCUGGCUUCCUUUAUUUGCUCCCCCCCUCUCCUGUGCUUGUGUGUAUUUGAAUACCUUUUAAUUUCUUACUUAAGCCUCUUUUCUCUUUUGUGUCUGUGCUUUCCCAACCAGGAUGUUUACAGCUAUAAUGCCUAUGGUAGCUGCCGGAUUGAUCCCUGAUGAUCCCACAUUGCAGCCAAUAAGAAGACUUAUGUCCCUUGUAGGAACUCUCUUUUUAAUUGGUUACUGUGGAGUUUUUGUUCUCCUAUUUGUGCAUGAUGUGUGGCUGUUCCUCACCUUAACCUUGGCUGUAUUCUCCUUGGCUGACUGUGGGAUCAUAAAACUUUUUUUUGAAGAUGGCCAAUCAGAAUGCUCCUCUGCUGCAUGAUGUAACCGCUUAUUUACCAAGCAGUCUGUGCCCCUUUGCACUUUCUUCUAAUGCAAGAAGGGGGACCUCUGGCCUCACCAAUGUUGCUGGACUCUUAACUCCCACCAGCCCUAGCCAGAAUGCCCAGCGGCCAGGAAUGAUGGGAGUUGUAGUCCAGCAAUACUAAGCGAGUCACAGGUUACCCAUCCCUGGUUUAAUAAUUGGCUUAAUAGACAAGGAAUUUUAACUGAGAGUUUUUCAAGCAAAUAUGUGGAUAGUUGGUUGGAAUAUUAUAUAUGACACUCAGGUCCUUCCUACCAUCUUGCUGGCCCUUUGGCCCCCAGUGCUCUACCUGAAAUUCCCUUGCUUGUCUGGCUACAACUUAUAAGCCUACUUUGUUCAACUGGCAUUGUGCUGCCAUUGUAGAAUUGUCACUUUGUCAACAUUCUGAUAGUGAGCCAUUCCCAUUCAGCAGCUAGGAUGUGUUUAGGCAUCCAUGACGUGUACUUUGCCAGUGAUGGAGCGGGUGUUCAGACAAACAAGAACCUAUUAGAUAGGAGCAUAUUAAUCACUAAUGUUGUUUAAUCUUGCUUUUUGAAACCUGCCUACUGACAGAUCACAGCAAUUUUUGUUUUUAUUUUUAAAUUUAAUCGCAACAGGUGAAAAUACGAUAUGCAAUAUUGAUUUAACUGACAAAGCCCCAAAUGUUAGGAUAGCAUAGCCUGUCAUCUUACAUGUCAGCUUGUAAUGAGACUCAAAUGGGUAUCAAACCUCAAAACAGCAGUGAACAAGCAUUGUCAAGUCAGCAACCUAGGCUUACGACCUGGUUGUAAUGCCCACAGACCAUCCCAAAUUGGAGUAAAGGAUAUAUUUGUUAAGAUGGAUGCCCAAACACAGGUGCUCACCUUUGUAUGUCAUGGCUGGAGACCCAUCUCAAGUUUGGAGGUGCCAGCAUCAACUUUGUAGGUGUUUGGGCUACCAGGACACCUGGGCUGUCCCCCUCUAUCCUGCUUCUAAAUUCAAUGUAUAUUUUAAUUGUGGCCAUCUCAAAGAAGAUGGUUGGCUUCUUCUGCUUCUGUUGGACUGUGCUGUGCCAAUAGAAGAUCAUAGUGUAAUUCAGGUUAUAAUCAUAAAUUCAUGUACCUGAGACCCAAGCCCCAUUCAACUGAAGGGUCUUGGUUCUGAGUAGAUGUCACAGGAUUGUGCUGAAAUGCUACUAACUGUGAAGUGUACACUGCCCAAAUUCUGACUGACUGCUGAAUUUGUGCUUUUAAAAAUCUGGGUUUUGGACUUGCACCUGUCAAAUAGCUACCCCAACUUCUUCCCAGUCUGUAUAACAAACUGUUUUUGGAAAUGAGGGGAUUUGGGCUGGAUUUGCACAUACAAAUAACUGGAACUGUGUAUAUUGGGAGACCCUUUGCUUAAUCUCUGCAUUUAUCCCCACAAUCCAUGUUACUAAUUGGAACCUGAGACUGACAGAGAAAUAGCUUGCCCAAGACUGAAUCAAAUAAAAUUUUAACAUAAGUCUCUUUGAGGGAAGGAUAAUUGCCAACAGCUUUCAGCUGGCUGGAAUUAGAUCUGUGCUUGUCACAAAAACCUGCUCAAAAUCUGGCCUGUUGGAAAGUCCCCUCAUUUCUAAGUGGGCAGAAUUUGGCUGGAGUGGAUGGAAGGGGGCAAGUUACAGUUCCAUUGAGUGUUUAUAAUAGCUAAUUCAAAAAAUGCACAGAAAUCCCUUUCCCUUCACACAGACUAAGGUAAUAAUAAUUAGAACAUUGAAAUAUUGUUCUCCCUAGUUGUUCGCUUUUUUAAUUUCCUUCACUUGGUGUAAAAACAGAAAGCAAUGUCACUUGAGGUAAUUGGUACAAAAUCACAAGCUCCCUCCAGAUAGCCUGCUCCAUGUGCCCAUAAUCCCAUGGCAUGCGGGGGGUGGGAGUGGGCCUGUUGGUCCUGCCCCCGCUGCCCCCUCUCAGCUGUCCUUGUGUUUGCGGGGAGAGCAUUUGAGGAAGAGGCCUGGCCCAUGAGGCAGAGUGAGGCGGCCGCCUCAGAUACAGAAUGUGUGGGGUGAGGAGUGGACAGCGCUGGAUGUGUCAUACGGCCUGCCCUGUGGGGCCCCCCACCCAGCUAUCCUGCCCUCAGGUGCAGUGGAAGACUGGUCCACUGCCAUAGUCAAAGGAAGAUUCAGCUGCCAAUCUGGUCAGCUUUUAUACAUGGGAGACAGGUGCCAUAUUGGCCUUUGCCUCAGGUGGCAAAAUACCUUGGACCCGGGGCCUGGGGGCACCUGCUCUGUGCCCAUAAACUGCCCCCUGUGACUUGGAAUCCAGCAUAUUAUGAUGGCAUGGAGAAAUACCUACAGAAGGCUUACACUUUUCCACUAAUGGUACUUAUGUGGUUCUUGUCCCAGUUGAGAGGCUGUUUCUAAACCUCUCUCCCCCAAAACAAGAGAUUUCUCUCCCCUGUUAGAAUUUGGCCUGGUUUCUUGCAUUGCUUGACCAUGUUUGUUGCAUCACUUAGCACUGAAAGAUGUUUUCAAAUCCUUCCUCCAAGUUUCAACGCCUUAACCUCUCUCCUCUUCUCCACACCCCACUUCUCUUGGAAGGUUUAGUUUCUUUUCCCGUGAUAAGAAGCGGAUGCCAGCGAUGCAGAGAAAUGCCCCCUUUCAGAGUUCCUUUGGCGAGUGGGCCAACUCUAACAAAGACGAUGCAUACACCGAACAAGGCCUGGAGGCCCUACAACACCUGUGACUGGAGCCCAGGGAUUGCGGUUGCAAUGGUAACAGCACAAGAAAAGAUGAAGGAACUGUGGCACCUGGAUAUGGCUCUCCUCCCCGUUCCCAACCCCUUACCCAGUUGGAAUGAGGGGUUUCUUUUUCCACACAGAAUCCCUUGAUGUUUACUUGGUGACUACACUCCGAAAGCAAGAUCCUGGGGCCUCUGUAGAAACAAUGGCUUUGCAUACUCUGGUGUGGGCACCCUGCAGGGUCGUUGCUGUGUGCUAAUUUAACAAGCCUGUGGGUUGUUUUUGAAAGCUUGCAUUCACUUCACUUAACAAAAGUUCACUUUAAACCAAAAAAAGAGACCUAUGUUGUUGCUGAAGAGUUGCAUUCAAGGUCCGGCUAAUGUCUGAAGACUCCCCUUGCCCAGUUUAUUGGGGAUGGGAACUUCGUCCUGAUCAUUCAGCCGUCAUCUUCCUCGAAUGAUUGUUCUAGAGAAGUGGCGUCUAGUCAUAGCUGUCAUGCCCAAAUGCAAGUCUUGCUUGAAGCUGAAGCAGGGCCUUUCUUUUGCAGGAAUGAAUCCAUGGUGGAAAAUGACUAAUGCAACAUACUGGAAUUGGAUCGCCUUCCAAAUGGAUCAGGACUAUGUAUUAUUAUUUUUGGUUUGUUAUUUAUAGUGCCUAAAGCAUGGUGUACAAGGUGAUGGUGCCUUGCAUUUUUGCUAUGAAUUUUCUGAUGUAUUAAUGGAAACUAAACAUCUGAAAUUUAUGCUAACCCUUUUAAAAAUUCCUCCUUGUAUCCUAACCUCUUCCCCCUCUGUCAUUGCGAGGGCAGUUUCUUCUACAGAAAACACAGGUGUUGUUUCUUCAAUAGCUUUGGGAACAAAAGUCGGUUUUGAAACAAAUUUUGCCUAUAUGGAGCCCGCUGCACACUAAAUGUUUAAAGUAGUGUCCUCCUCAAGAAUUCUGGGAACUAAUUGGCUACAGGUGCUGAGAGCUAGGAGACCCCUGACCCCUUCACAGAGCUAUAAUUUUCAGACUUCCUGCGAAGGAGGAUUUAUUGCUAAACCAUUCUGGGAAUUGUAGCUCCGUGUCAGGAAUAGACAUCUCAUAACAACUCUCUUGUAACAUCUUGCAGCACCCUAGAGUAGUUAUUGCCAUGACUGUUUAAAGGGGUAUGAUAUGGCUUUAAAUGUGCCCCUUGAGUGAUCAGCGCUGGGGACCCUGCUCACAGUAGGGCUGUCCCUGACUGAGGUGGCUUUGCUACAUGGUUCAUUAUCUAUCGAUGUGACGACAGGGCCGUCACACUGCCACACUGUGCUUGUGUCUGAGUUUUUUCACCUAUGUGGGUAACACACAUACUUGCCUACCUCCAAGGCUUUUUGUGCCAUUUGGGAAGGUGAGGAAAUAUAUUUUCAAAGUUGAUGUAAGGAGUCUCCGUGCAAUCUCCUGCCUACCCAAUGCUUAAAAUAAAUGUGUGAUGAAGGAGUCAGCUCAUACCUAUGGGGUCCCAUGGAUGCUGAUGUGGCCAAUGGCCGUGCCCCCAACCCUGGCAACCACCCAUUUGGCAUUAUAGUGAGAACAAAUGAAACUGGCGACAAAAUGUUGCCGUGUAUCCCCCACUCCCAGCAGGAGUGUUCCUGAUCAAGGUUCCAGCCAGCCAUUUCCUCCAAGAAAGUCCCUCCUCAUCCUACCAUUUUCCAUAUUACUUUUCCAACUGGCAUUCAACAUUCCGAGGCUGGUAAGCCUGCUCCAUCCUCACUGGGCUUUAUUUAAUAGGCAGGCAGGAGCUUUUCAAAAAAAGAGAGGGAGGAUGUUUUCUUGUACUUUUGCAAACCUCUGGGUUUCCCAGAGUGUAAUGUUACCUCCCUCUUGUUUCUCAGCAAUCUCAUUUUGGCUCCAUUCAUGCUGUCACUCAUCACCUGUGUUUGCUAUGAAAUGGAAUGAUGUCUCGUGUGUGUAGGGAUCCCCCCACCCCAAACUCAGUGGGAACUUGAUUGGUCAUUGUUCAGUGUUGGUCAAUUGUCCCAUUUUGGUGUAUUAGCUAACUGCCAGCUUUCUGCUUCCCCCUCACAUAUUCAUUGGAGAUAAUGCAGGGGUUUGUGCGAAGACCCUUCUCCUCCACACAGUAUAUUAGCUAAGACUUUGCGCUGGAUGGUCCCCUGUUCAGACCUCCCCUUCACAACUUAGUGGCCUUAACCUAGCUGCUAGUCCCUCAGCCUCACAUCUACAAUACAGGGAUAGAAAAUUCUGGACCACAAAUCCAUUGCGGACUGUUGUAAAGGUUAUCAAACAUUUUCAAGCAUUUUUCUGAGUUAAACAUAAAUGCUAUAUGGAUAACAAUUACACUUAUGGUUCUCAGCAUUGGGCUAAUAGCAUAUGUAGAAUACUAAUAGCAUAGUGAAUCUUCUCUAAAUAGCAGGGUCAGUGUAUAAAAUACUUUUUCAAAAAGCUUGCCAUUCCAGAACACAAACUAGCAUAGGGUUGUAUCUGGUGUUGAUCAUAUGCAGAGUAGACCAUUGAAAAUAAUGAACGUGACUAACUUGGGUCCAUGAAUGUCAAUGGGCCUUCCCUCGGCAGAACUUAGCCGGAUGACCUUUGAGCUAAAAAUCACUUUAACUCUGAUAAUUCCUGUCUUAAUUUGGUUGCGGAAAAAGCAAACCAAGCUUUCUUUCUGGUGGCCUCUGAUGAUCACAGUAAUCUAUAUAUAAAGGGAGGCUGGUAGUAUUGGCAAGACUCCUUGGCCACUGUUUUUAUGUGGUGUGGACACUCCAAGUAUCUCUAGAGCUGCCACUGUCACUAACAGCCCUGCGAUUCAGCUGUAAGGGUUUUUACUUACAGUGUUUUUCCAACUGGAAGAGUUCCUAUCUCAUGUGAAAGACCCUCUUCCUGGAACAGGGCCUCGUGUUGCCUGGCGGCUGCCUGGACCCACCUGAUCCUUAAAGAAGCCAUUUAUGUGGCCAAAACAAAACUUUUCCUGUUGGGAAUAAGCCUGUUUAAGGCAAGUGUUCGUAAACUUAAGGAGGGACACUCAUUCCAGUAAUUUCAGCACACAGGGCAGCCUGCGCUGACCUGAUGCCCUGCAGAUUCUGUUGGCCUACAGAUUCCUUCAGAUGGGAGUUGCAGUUGAACAUCUGCACCAGGUCAGCGAAGGCUGAAUUAAGGCAAUACCUCCAUUAAACCAACCAAAAUGGGUGGUAUUCAACUGAAUUAAACUCGAGUGGGCCCAUUUAAAUUAGUUGUGUGCUUUAGGUUCAGUGGGUCCAUUCUUAGCUGUGUCACAAAAUAGCAUGCAAAGCUUGUGAAUCCUCCAGUUGCAUCUAGCCUGAUGCACAGUUCUCGGGAACUCAGAAGCUUGUGAGCACAGUUAUUUUGUCCACAUUUUGGUUGGUAUAAUAAAUGUAUUGCUUUGUUCUAAUGUAUAUUUUGGAAUUACAGUGGUACCUUGGUUUACAACCAUAAUCCUUUCCGGAGGUCCGUUUGUAAACCAAAACAGGUUGUAACCCAAGGCACGCUUUCGCCAUUGGGCCCUCCAAAAAUAAUUUGUUUGUAAUCCAAAAUGGGUUGUAAUCCCAAGAAAGGUUGCAAACCAGGACGUGCACUUCCGGGUUUGACAUGUUUGCAAUCCAAAACGUAUGCAAACGAAGACGUAUGCAAACCAAGGUACCACUGUACUAAAGUGCCCCUUAAAAGAACUGGGUUCUCUACUAUAAAAGAACUCAAGGCUGGGAGAGUCUUCAGCUCACAGAGCUUAUGCCAUUCCCAGUAGCCUGUUUGGGGAUAGAUGGAGCAGUGGUAUGACUUGGCAUAUGGCAGAUUUUAAUACUGAAUUUUAAAAAUGGGUUUAGGGGAUGACUGAGAUUUCUCUAAUGUAAACAAACCCAACUGAUCCCAAAUACCUGUAAGCAAAGGCAGUUCCCCUUGGAUUCUCAAAGGGACUUGCUUCUCAGUUAAACUAAAAUCCUACAUGCACAGGAUGCAAAUCCCAUUUAACCUCUUUGGAAAGUUGCUUGAGUAAAUAGGCUUAGGUCCAGGCUGCAGGCAAGCUAAGAACUGGGCUGCUUGAUAGCAGUUUUGCAGCUAAAUGUUCAGUGACUUCAUGUCAGGCCAUGCAGCUAAAGUUCUUCCAAAAUUCAGAAGCAAUGAUCAGGGCAGGGUCUUUGCCUCCUAAAUUUGUUUCUUGUGCAGCUGCAAAAGGUGGAGAAGCCUGGCAAAAACUGACCACUGACAACCAUUGCUUCAUUGCGUCUGGUUGCCGUCACUUGACAUUGUUAUAGCUAAACAUUGUGGGUAGUUGUGCUGAUCUACUAAAAAUACUACUCCAAUAGGCAGAAUCCCUUUAUUGCAUGGAUGGGGAACAGGUGGCUCUUCAGAUAUAGUGAGACUCUUAGUCCCUUCUAGCAUGGCCAGUGACCAGGGAUAAUGAAAGUUGUAGACUGAGUCUCAGGAGCGCCACAGGAUCCCCAGGCUUGUUUUAUCAGAACCAGUGAAAAUAUCAUGUUAUGAGCCUGCUUUUGAGUUCCCCAGAGUUCUUCCAUGAGCUAGAUGCUAAACAAAGCAGGGCAGAGGAAGAGAUAAAAUACUGCUAAAGCCUGGGAGCAACCCUGUAUUAUUUACCAACUUGCUUUGUAGCCAUAUGACACAAGACAUUGCAAGCAAAUUAGUGGGCUGGAGGAAGACAAGGAUGGACCAUGGUUCCUCCACCACGAGCCCAUUGGGUUUCCAUGGUAGCCAUAAUAGAAUAAAAGCUUCUUUCAUGGGAAGCCAGAAACGAAAGUGGGGAUGGAUCAUUUGACCCACCCACCCCACUAGCCUGUGUAUUUCCUAAGAGCUUGCUAAGAUGCUAGCCUGUGUUUCCAAGCUUGAUACAGAGGAGUGGUCAACAGAACAUAUUAAAAUAGUAAAUUUUUUGAAUUUAUUUAUUUACAAGGCUGCCCUACAAGCCUGCAGUUUUCAAGUCGAGUGUACAAUUCCUCCCGGCUGCCACAAGCUGUGGAUUUCAGGACUUUAACAUCAUGCCAGUCAGUAGAGCAUGAGACUCUUAAUCUCAGGGUUGUGGGUUCAAGACCCAUGUUGGGCAAAAGAUUCCUGCACUGCAGGGGGUUGGACUAGAUGACUUUUGUGGUCCCUACGAACUCUUAGAAUUCUUUGAUUUUUCUUCCCUCCCCAGUUCUUCUUAAAUUAGAAGUAUUUUGGAAAACUGGAAAGCAUUUUUUGUUGCUCCUAAUACAGAUUAGGUUUUGGAUUGUAUUUAAAAGCUUUUGGCAUGUAGCUCUUUUUUAAAACUCUGUUUGCUAUUUCUUGUUCUGCGACUGCUUGUGAAGAAGUGGAGAGAGCUGCCCCAAAUAUGCAGCUUGUCCAUUUUCCAUGGCUCUGUGAACAGGCAGUCCAGUGUAUCCCAAGAACUUGACCUGUGCAGCAACAUCAGCAGCUGCCUUCUGUCCGUGAGGUCAUCAUUGGAACUAUGUGUACAGUGGAGGCUUGUCUAUUAGGGCAAAUGGGGCAGUGCCCCACCAAUCUCAGUCUGCCCUCAGCAGCUGCCAGCUGCCUGCCUUCUUAAAACCAGUCCAGGGAGAUGGUGCUGACUUAGCAGGGAGAAUGGAGACAAAACUAUGGUGAGUUCCACCCUUUCAUUGGCUCUGGCUCCACCACCUCUUGGCCUCCUGCUUUACAGCCUACCUGUCCUAAUGGACAGCCACUUUGGACUACAGUAUGAAUGCAAUAAUGGAAAUCCUUGUUAAUAUUUUACAUGCUUAAGUGUUGCUGAAAUUGAGUUUCCCCAUAGUCCUAUAAUUUUAAAAGGGGGUUUGUUUUUAUUUUUGCUCUUUAUCACAUGCACACAGAUGCAACAACCUGAAUAAACACUGCAAAGAUGCUUGUUUUGCAUAAUUUAUUACACUACAGGAGGGCUUGGGAAACACUUUUAACCCAAAGGCUGGAUUCAAACCCAACCAUGCUCCCAAGGGCGCAUUUCAAAGGUGUGCAGGGCAAAUAAAAAACCCCAGAAGAACCACCAUCAAAACAAGUCACAAGUCUCCAUGCCAUAUCAAUCCCAUAUUACAGGGGUUGCCAAUGUGCUUUCAGUUCCUAGCAAGGCACUAACAUCUCGCUAAGUGUCACAGACUUGAGCAUUCCCUUAAUGCAAUUGUCUGAUAAGGCUUAGCACACAACUGUGUGAUAUGCAAAAGGAGUGAAUGUGUAUCUUUAAUAAAGAUUCAGGGUACUGUAAGGUAAAAAAAGGCAAUAAACAGCAUGUUUGGAGGGAAUGGGUGGGUAUAGGGCUAUGUUAACACUAGAUCUUUUUAAUAUUCUAAAUAAACUAUUUCUGGAUUAACA